AUGGCCUCUCAUCUCUACGAACCUUGUUCUUCUUCCUGGCUUUCGGGUGCCUUCAUACAGACGACAAGACGACGAGACGACGACACGAGUCGCGCAAUUGACAGUCUCUGCCAGUUGCUUCAUCCUUGCCCCCCCGGAUCCCUUCAGUCUGAAAAGCUGGAGCUGCCGUCGAUUUCCCAGGUUCACACCAGGAGCGCCGUGGACCUUCCCUGGUAUAAUCACCACGCUACAGAACGGCCGCUGUUCUCAGGCGACAAGCUCCCAGCGCUCUCCUUUGCUCCAGCGUCCGUCGCCGCCACCACCGUCUCGCAGGACUCCAGCUCCGUGACGAGCCUGUCGAGCUUCUCCCAGGCCAGCUGCGAGGGUAAGAGCCCUCCCUCGAUCGCUGCGGACGGCGCGGGUGUCGGUGUCGGUGUCGGUGCUGGAGGAAGCAUGAACCAGACACAGCCGUAUAUGGAUGUGCAGUCGUCGCAUUUGGCCUCCUCGCAGCCGUACACGCAGGGAACGCCCGCAGAGAACAUCUCGCACUACUCUCAGUACCAGCAGCCGUCGUUGCUGCAGCCAGGUCCCGCGGCCUAUCCUCCAUCGCAUAGCUAUCCGCAGUACGGGUACUCGAACGGCAUCACCUCGCCCCCAAACAGCCAGCCCGUCUCCAACUCGUUAAACGGGCAGCCGACCCAGAUCCUCCCUCUCCCUCCGUUAAACUCAACGGCCCCGAGCUCCCAUGGUUAUGUGCCAAACUCCACGGGCCAGGUUCAACCCUACUCGUCCCAAACAUUCGACACGACCGGCCAGAUAGCGCCGCCGGGCGUCAAGCCUCGCGUCACGGCCACGCUCUGGGAAGAUGAAGGCAGUCUUUGCUUCCAGGUCGAGGCCAAGGGAGUGUGCGUCGCUCGCAGAGAAGACAACCACAUGAUAAACGGCACAAAGCUGCUCAAUGUCGCCGGAAUGACGAGAGGCAGGAGAGACGGCAUCCUCAAGAGCGAGAAGAUCCGCCAUGUAGUCAAGAUCGGGCCCAUGCAUCUCAAGGGCGUCUGGAUACCGUUUGAGCGCGCUCUGGACUUUGCAAACAAGGAGAAGAUCACCGAGCAGCUGUAUCCUCUGUUCGUCCACGCCAUUGGGAGCCUGCUAUAUCAUCCGGUGAACGAGAACCGCUCCAAUGCCAUCAUCUCGGCCUCUGACCGCAGGCGCAUCGAGAGCACCCAGCCAUUAGGUCGUCCUGGGCCUGGAGGACACCCUCCGCCGCUGCACCAUCACCACUCGAUGCAGAACCCGACCACUUCACACAUGUCGCAGCCCUCGUCGCUCGCCACGAUUCCUCAUCCCAUUCCUGGCCGUCCGCCGCUUGACCGCGCCCACACCUUUCCCACGCCUCCCACCAGCGCCUCCAGCUUGGUAGGCAUGCCCAGCCAGGCUGGUUCUUACGAAUGGAACGGCCAGAACAUGUCAAACGGCGUCCAGGGCUCCCAGGGGCUUCCCCUGGAGCCUGGAAUGAACGGCACUCGGUCGAUGCCAACCACUCCGGCGACGACACCGCCAGGUGCAAACAUGUCCGCCAUCCAGGCGUACCAGAGCCAGUCUGGCUACAGCGACUCCAAGGCCUACUACUCCUCCGCUCCCGCCACGCAAUCCCACUAUGCGUCGCAGCAACCUGUCUCUCAGCAAAACAUGUCCAGGUACGGGAUCGCUCCCUUACCCUCCCACCCACAUCACCCUCAAUCCUCCUCCUCCGCCAGCAACGGAAACGAACCCCCCCCGUUCGCUCGGUCGGAUAGCAAGGGAACUAACCAAUCGUCUAUCAGCCAGGGAAACGGCCAGGUGAAUCAUGGGCCAGCCGGCGCCACCGCCGCGGAAUCAGAGUCCACGGAGCAGCAGCACCAGGGCCACGAGGGUGAAUACAUCAACGACACCCACGGCGCAUACAACUCCAACCGCAACUCGUACCCGGCCUACCCGUCCAACCAGGCCGUCGGCUCAAUGCCAAGCGAGCACCCUCCGCUCCCGUCUGAGAUGGCCGCUCCAUCUCACCAGAACGGAACGGACAAACGCUCCUCGGCCCCGUGGGCAUCAACCUACCCGCCUCGCACCGGAGCGCCCAGCAGCGUCUACAGCGUGAUGAGCGACACCCGCAACUCCUCUGCCACCGCUGCUGGAACCGCGACCUAUCCAGACUCCUACUCCGCUCCCGCGAGUACCCCUGGAUACUCUUCUUCCAUGAACGGAUCAAGCAAGCGAGGCCGCGACGAUGACGAGCCAGAUCACAUCUCCCGCUCCGAGAGCCGCAGUGAAGACUCCGUUUACGAGCAUAAGCGCAGGAAAACACUCGUUGACUCCACCGCAGGUCCCAUCGUGCCUGCGUCCAUCAGCCUGCAAAACGUACAAUCAGGCAACUUCCCCCGACGUAUCUGA